AUGAACAUGGGCAAGGUGCUGGGCCUGGGCUGGGUCAUCAUCGCAAGCUGGAACGACCCUGAGGACAUGAUCAGGAAUGAGCCCAAGCACGUGAACAACAUCUCAUUCAAGUUGUCGAAGGAGGGCUUGCGCAUGAUCAUGACCACAUACCUGUACUUUCCCUUGUUCGUGGAUACCAUCGAGCACAUCGACGCGGACAACCCUCGCUCCGUGGUGGCAGUCGUGCGUGCCCUGGCUGUCGAACGUGCUGUGGUCUUGUGGAAGGCGCCUUUCAGGGAAGAGGUGGUGAAUCAGGGAUUUACGAAUGCCAGCGUGGGGACGCGUUAA